AUGUUCACAGAACCUUUUCCUACACCAAUCUCCGCCGCCACUUUUCCCGGCAAAACCGUUUCUUCAUCGCCGAGCCACGUCAAAUUCCGGCCAGUAGUCUCCUUCGCCACCGCCGCCGAAGCUAACUCUACUUGGAAGGAAGAGCAACAAGCACAGAGACCGUAUUUGAGCCCUAACAGCAUGGCUUCGUGCACGACGCUUUACGAGAUUCUUGGAAUUGGAACCGCCGCGUCCGGCAAGGAAAUCAAGGCGGCGUACCGGCGACUCGCGAGGGUUUGCCACCCGGACGUGGUGGCAAUGGAUCGGAAGGAAUCGGCUGCGGGCGAGUUCAUGAAGAUCCAUGCUGCCUACUGCACCCUAUCGGAUCCCGAGAAGCGUGCCAGCUAUGAUAGGAGGUUGUUCCAACAUCAGCGACCGCUCGGGACGACGUCGUUUGGAUUUUCCAGCUACACUCGUCGGAGUUGGGAAACGGACCAGUGUUGGUAG